UGCUUCAUUUGUUUGGUGGGAUUUUUGUUUGUUUGUUUCUUUUUAAUGUUUAAAACAAAGUGCUCCCCCGAGGACAUGCUACAAAGGUAAUUGAAGGCUGCAAAGGAUACAAAUAAAUAAACCAACAAACAGUAAUAACACCCUCCCGAUUGUCAUGGCCGAAGGGGAGCAUGAAGUGAAAUGGGAUGGACUGUGCAGCAGAGACCCGGCGAGCAGGGAGACGGCGCUGGAGAACGUGAGGCAGCUGGUGCUGAGAAAGACCGAGGCUCUCGGCCGGGCGAGGGAGACCCCUUCCCCACCGGGUGCACCUGCCGGCGCUCUGGAGGAGCUGAACAAGCUGCUGGCUCACCUGCUCAUGCUUUCUAAGCGGUGCCCCUUUAAAGAUGUCAGAGAGAAGAGCGAGCUGAUUCUGAAGAGCGUCCAGGAACUUGGAAUUAGAAUUCCUCGACCACUAGGACACGGACCAAGCAGAUUCAUCCCAGAAAAAGAGAUUCUCCACGUGGGAAGUGAGGGCGCACAGAUGCACACUUUGUUUGCAGACGCUUUUGCUGCUCUAGGUCGUUUGGAUAAUAUCACGUUAGUGAUGGUUUUCCACCCGCAAUAUUUAGAAAGUUUCUUAAAAACUCAGCACUAUCUAUUGCAAAUGGAUGGACCAUUACCUCUGCAUUAUCGGCACUACAUCGGAAUAAUGGCUGCGGCAAGACAUCAGUGCUCCUACUUAGUGAAUCUGCAUGUGAACGAUUUUCUCCACGUUGGUGGGGACCCUAAGUGGCUCGACGGUUUAGAGAAUGCCCCUCAAAAGCUGCAAAAUUUAGGAGAACUUAACAAAGUUUUAGCUCACAGACCUUGGCUUAUUACCAAAGAGCACAUUGAGGGGCUUUUAAAAGCUGAAGAGCACAGCUGGUCUCUCGCAGAACUGGUGCAUGCAGUAGUUCUGCUCACACACUAUCAUUCUCUGGCCUCGUUCACCUUUGGCUGUGGCAUCAGCCCAGAGAUUCAGUGUGAUGGUGGUCACACAUUCAGGCCUCCUUCUGUCAGUCACUACUGCAUCUGUGACAUCACAAACGGCAAUCACAGUGUGGGUGAAGUGCAGGCCAACUCGGCAGGAAGUGUCUCGGUAAGUGAUUCUUUCUUUGAGGUUGAAGCCCUCAUGGAAAAGAUGAGGCAGUUACAGGAAUGUCGAGACGAAGAAGAGGCAAGUCAGGAAGAGAUGGCUUCACGUUUUGAAAUAGAAAAAAGAGAAAGCAUGCUUGUCUUCUCAUCAGACGAUGAAGAAGCUACACCAGCAAGAGAAAUAUCUCGUCACUUUGAAGAUACUAGUUAUGGAUAUAAAGAUUUCUCUCGCCAUGGAAUGCACGUUCCAACAUUUCGAGUCCAGGACUACUGCUGGGAGGACCAUGGUUAUUCUCUGGUAAAUCGCCUCUAUCCAGAUGUGGGACAGCUGAUUGAUGAAAAGUUUCACAUCGCUUACAAUCUUACUUAUAACACAAUGGCAAUGCACAAAGAUGUUGAUACCUCAAUGCUCAGACGUGCUAUUUGGAACUAUAUUCACUGCAUGUUUGGAAUACGAUAUGAUGACUACGACUAUGGUGAAAUUAACCAGCUAUUGGAUCGUAGCUUUAAAGUUUAUAUCAAAACUGUUGUUUGCACUCCUGAAAAGGUUACCAAAAGAAUGUAUGAUAGCUUCUGGAGGCAGUUCAAGCACUCUGAGAAGGUUCACGUUAAUUUGCUUCUUAUAGAAGCUAGGAUGCAAGCAGAACUCCUCUACGCUCUGAGAGCCAUUACCCGCUACAUGACCUGAUUGAUGCCUUGCCUCCACUAGAGAUGAUGGGUCAGCAGACAUGUUCUACAGGGGGAAGGUACUAAGCCCCAGGACCAAUGGUAGAUAAAAGAAACCCAUCGUGCCAUGAUUCCUUUAGUCUCUGCUAUUCAACUGUGGAAAUAGCCACUGCUGGCACGAGCAGUGGCUACUCGGCAGCUUUGGUUUUAGAACUGUGAAGAAGGGCUGCCGUUCACAGUACUUUGCUUUUUGACAGUACAAGAUGCUGUAUACCUUGUGUUAAGACAGCAAGUAGGAACUCUUCCGAUCCUGUUGCUUUUAUGUUAAGUAAGAUAGCAAGAAUUGGAGCAUGCAGAGGAUAUGGGACUUGGAUAAUGAUGUACAAGCUUCUCUACAUUAAGAAUCUUAGAUGUUGGUGCUGCUAUUCCUGCUGGUGGAAUGAGUAGAGUGCUGUUCAGUUAAGCUAUUAGUAGUGAUAUUAGUCCUCAAGGUGAACACUGCUAUUAUCUGAGCCUACAUAUGUAAUCUGUGUGGUUUCAAAUUAAACCUACAUAUGUGUUUUAAAAAAUGCAUCUAAAAAAAAAGCAUAGAGUUGGGGCCAGGUGGUGGUGUACUUGGCUAAGUGUGCACAUUACAGUGCACAAGGAUCCAGGUUCAAGCCCCUGGUCCCCACCUGUAGGAGGAAAGCUUCACGAGUGGUGAAGCAGGGUUGCAGGUGUCUCUCUGUCUCUCUCCCUAUCUUCUCCUCUCAAUUUCUCUCUGUCUCUAUACAAUAAUAAAUAAAACGUUUAAAAAAAAACCAUUAAAAAGCAUAGAGUUAUUACAGCUCAGCCAAGACCAUUUGCUGGUAAUAGUUCAUUUCUCUAUAGUUUAUUUUUUUAAUUCAGUUAUCAGAUAACAUUCAAUUACAGUGACAUCCUUAAGAGCUUUUCUUCCAAAAGCAAUCUUAAAUGAAAGUGUAUAAACUAUAAGAAAAGGCGUCUAUCAGUUGACAUGCUGCUUCCCAAGAUGCUCCUGACCCUAGAAGGUGUCUGCUUUGGCCGGCGCGGGGGCUGUGGGAGGUGUUGCUGCAGGCGGCUGCGCAGUCCUGGGCGCGGCUUGCCCCUGCCCACAUUGUGGUCCCUAUUUGAGAAUCAUGCAGCUCCUUAAAUAAUGAAGCUGGAAAAUAUUUUUGGUCAAAAUUUGAUUUACAGAUGUGCUAACUUUGAAAUGCAAACAUGUUUGAAAAUGUACUAAGUACUUUGUAUUCUGGAAGCAUGAAUUGCUUUUGAAGUCUGUCAGUAUUAUUGGUAUUUUUCAAUAAAGAAUCAUUUUUCUCCAA